CCUUGUGACUUGGAAGAAGUCAUGAUGGAUGCCUUGGUCAGCAAUAAACCUGAUUUUGUGAAGCUUUUCAUUGACAAUGGGAUGAACAUGUGCGACUUCCUGACAUACAACAAACUCCAGGACUUGUACUGUGCAAUCCCUCCGAAGUGCCUUCUCCACCAACUCCUGCAGAGGAAACACGAGGAGCCCAAACUCUCCAUAACGGCGCGCAAUGGCAGCAUGGCAGAUUCUCUGGAGCAGAAACCAAAGUUCACUCUGUAUGAGGUCUCCAAAGUGCUCAAAGACUUCCUGCACGAUUCCUGCAGAGGAUUUUACCAGGAGACCUCCAAGAAAGGAACAAUGGAAAAAGCCGGUAUAGGUCGAGUCAGUCAUGUGCAAAAGCCCUCACUCAACAUGAGCCAGAAAUGUGAGAAUCCGUGGAGGGAUCUCUUUCUGUGGGCAGUCCUUCUGAACAGACAGGAAAUGGCCAACUACUUCUGGGCUACAGGCCCGGAGGCAGUGGCAGCAGCUCUAGCUGGCUGUAAGAUCCUGAAAGAGAUGGCUCACCUGGAAUCAGAGGCAGAGUCUGCUCGGAGCAUGAAGGAGGCUAAAUACGAGCAAUUCGCACUGGACUUGUUCAGUGAAUGCUACACCAACAGUGAGGACAGGGCCUUUGCUUUGCUGGUCAGAAAGACAAAGUCCUGGAACAAAACCACCUGCCUAGACCUGGCAACAGAAGCCGACGCCAAGUCCUUCUUCGCCCAUGAUGGUGUUCAGUCUCACUUGACGAAGAUGUGGUGGGGAGCCAUGAAGUCAGACACCCGGAUUUGGAAACUAGUGCUCUCAUUCUUCUGUCCUCCUCUAAUUUACACCAACUUAAUAACAUUCAGCGAGGACGAGCAUCACACAGUGGGUGGAACGGAACAGUUUAAGGAAUUCGACAGCCAGGAUAGUGAGAAGGCAAUGCUGCUCAAGCAGAGGCAGAACAGUGACACGAUCAAGCCUGAAAAACAGGUAAUGACCAGCAAUAACGUUUGCAUGAAGUUCCUGUUCACGAGAUGGAAGAAGUUCUGGGGUGCCCCGGUCACUGUGUUCCUGGGCAAUGUCAUCAUGUACUUUGCAUUCCUCUUCCUUUUUACUUACGUUAUCUUGGUGGACUUCCAACCCCCUCCUCCCUACGGCCCAUCCAUCCCAGAGAUCACCCUCUACUUCUGGGUCUUCACCCUGGUGUUGGAGGAGCUGCGACAGAGUUUCUUUACAGAUGAAGACACCAGCAUCAUAAAGAAGUUCAAGCUCUAUGUGGAAGACAACUGGAACAAGUGUGAUAUGGUGGCCAUCCUGCUGUUCGUGCUCGGGGUGUUUUGCAGGAUGGCAUGGUCUACGUAUGAAGCAGGUCGUACAGUCCUGGCCCUAGAUUUCAUGGUGUUUGCUCUCCGGUUGAUUCACAUCUUUGCCAUCCACAAGCAGUUGGGCCCAAAGAUUAUCAUUGUGGAAAGAAUGAUGAAGGAUGUCUUCUUCUUCCUCUUUUUCCUGAGCGUCUGGCUCAUUGCCUAUGGAGUGGCCACUCAAGCUCUGCUGCACCCCAACGAUACCCGGGUCGACUGGAUCUUUCGCCGCGUGCUUUAUCGGCCCUACCUACAUAUAUUUGGGCAGAUCCCACUGGAAGAGAUUGAUGGUAAUAAAAAUAAAAACACUUUCAUGGUUCAUGUUGUUUGA